AGUUUUUUAAAAUAUAUUAUAAAUAAAGAAGAUAAAAUAAAACUUUUUGAUUAUAUGAAAAACAAUGAUUUUAAACAGCUAAAAAGAGCCGAAAAUGAAAUCAAAUUGGGAUACAGUAUAUGGUUUGUUGAUGAUUUAAAUGAACCCAAUAUAAUAUUCUCAUUCGAAUUAUUGGAUGCAUUGGUUAAAGUUUAUUCAAAUAAUAAAAACAUGGAAAAGAUUGAAAAUGCAAUUAAUUCAAUAGAUUUUAGCAAGGGUUUUUUAAAUAGUUUCGAAAUACCCAAAGAAGAAAUCGACUCGUUGCUAAUCGAUGUUAAAUACACAAAUGCAAUGCUAUACCAUUUGGGCGAUUCUGUAGAGUAUUACUCAAUCAUGGAGACUGCCAAUAGAGAUAUUGUGGCUCUUCUCAAAAAGAGACUAAAGAAAUGCAAGUUCAAUGUUCUAACAAGCCAACCUCACAACGAAUUCUCUCUCGACAUUCACGAAAUCGAUGUAGACCAAAAAAUUAAAGAAUUUGAAAAAAACCUGGAUGGUAACGAAGCCCCGUUGAACCAUGAUGAUAUUGAGAUUGCAUGUAAAUAUUGGGCUUAUAAAACAGAGUUUUCAGUUGAGGAGCUAAAGUGGUCAGUUGAUAAUGAAUUGGCAUUUGGGUACAAGGUGAAAGACGAAAAUAAUAAAGAGCAGCUUGUAGCAUGGAAUAUAAUAAAAUCAGAUGGCAAAACAGUGCACUUAUUCACCAUACCAGAAUUUAGAGGGAAAGGAUACGCUAAAAAAGUUAAAUCAAAAACACUACUUGCAUUACUAAAAAGAAAUUUAACGGCUCUAUCGUAUAUCAACAUCGACAAUGUUUCAUCUGAAUCCCUAAGCACCAAAAUGGGGCUAACCAAA